GAUCCCACAGAGACCAAAGAUGACCUGGAGCAGCUGACAGCAGAGAUCAAGAAAAUGGCCAACAGCGUCCGUAACAAGCUGAAGAGUGAGUGGCUCUGUCCCCACCGCCGUGUCACAGCUGUCCCUGUCCCCCUGGGACUCUGGGAUCAUGGGGGCUGGCAGUGGGAAAGGUUCCUGGUGGGUUGAGGUCUGUUUCUCUCCAGGUAUGGAGAGGAACAUCGAGCAGGACGAGGCACGAUCCUCCGCCGACCUCCGGAUACGCAAGUCCCAGGUGAGCUCCGGCCCACAGCCAGCGUCCCCAGGUCCCACCCUGUCCCUGUGGCAUGUCCAGGCGUCCCCAGGUCUCCCAAUCCUAUCCCCAAGAGCACUCUGUGAUCCCAGGCUUUGUGUCCCUCUGCUCUGUCCCCAGCACUCUGUCCCAUCGCCCUGUGCUGGGACAUGCUACAUCCGGGGUCCCCUGGGUCUCGUGCCACUGUCCCCACUCCCAGCGCAUUGUCCUGUCCGUCCUGGGACCAGGAACACGCCAUGCCCAGAGUGUCACUGAUCUGACUUCCCCUCCCCACCCCCAGCACCUCAUCCUGUCCCCUGGGCAGUGUCACGCCUCUGUCCUCGCUCCUGUCCCCCGUGAAAGUGGCCCAUGGGGAUAUGCCGUGCCUGGGGUGUUCCAUGUCCCCAUCUCCAGGGACAGGUCCAGUCCCCCAGGGCCACACCAUGCCCUGGGUGUCCCCAUGCCAAAGUCCCUGUCCCCAUCCUCACGUCCCUGUCCCUGUCCCCAGCACUCGGUCCUGUCCCGCAAGUUCGUGGAUGUCAUGACCAAGUACAACGAGGCGCAGGUGGAUUUCCGGGAGCGGAGCAAGGGCCGGAUCCAGCGCCAGCUGGAAAUCACCGGCAAGAACACGACGGACGAGGAGCUGGAGGAGAUGCUGGAGAGUGGGAACCCCUCCAUCUUCACCUCGGGGAUCAUGGACUCGCAGAUCUCGAAGCAGGCGCUGAGCGAGAUCGAGGGGCGGCACAAGGACAUCGUGCGCCUGGAGAGCAGCAUCAAGGAGCUCCACGACAUGUUCGUGGACAUCGCCAUGCUGGUGGAGAAUCAGGGAGCCAUGAUCGACCGCAUAGAGAACAACAUGGACCAGUCCGUGGGAUUCGUGGAACGGGCCGUGGCCGACACCAAAAAGGCUGUGAAGUACCAAAGUGAGGCCAGGAGGACGCUCCCGAGCAUCCCAGCGAUGUCACCUCCCGGCGGGAUCCUCCCCGGCUUUGAUCCUGGACCCCUCCUCUCCCUGCUCCUCCCGGACCUGCUGCUCUUCCCGCCGCGGGCUCCAGCACCGCCGCCUUUCCCGCCCGUCCUGCUUUCCCUGGGAUCUGCCCCUCAUGUCCCCAUGGAAGGGGACAGGAUUCCGUCCGUGGGGGCGCGGCCACUGGUGCCUCAGCCCCAGCGAGGAGUGACAAGGACACAAAUCCGAGGGCCGGACGCUCACCCGCGCGGGCAUCCCGGUGGAAUGAGGGCGGGAAUAGGGACAGGACGCGGGGUUUGGCGGCACCAGCGUGGUUUCUUGUCACCGUGCUGUGACAGACGGAGCCGUCAGGGUCCCCAUCCCCUCGUGGCUUUGAUGUCCGGGCGGGAGGAUGUGUUGAUCAUGGAUAUUUAACUCCCGCUGUAAUAAAAUCCCGCUGAUCCCGCCCUGCGCCUCCUCUCCGUGCUGGCACCGGGAACACCCAAAGCCGCCGGCACGGCUCCGGCUCGGCUCCCGGUGCCCGGGGAUCUGGGGGCUGGACCGGCCCCGUUUCCCGGUGCUGCAGGACACGAGGAGGAAGCACAGGGCUGGGAACACUCCCAGCUCCCGGGCCCUGUCCAGACUGUCCCCCCCCCACCAAGUUUUUGGGUAAGUCACGGUGUUUGGUCACCUGUCCCAGGGCACGCUGGCACUGUCACCUCCCUGUGCCACACAGAACCAGCUCACACCUGCCCUGCCCCCUUCCCCUGUCCGUGUCCCUUGCCCUAUCUCUG